GUGAGGUACGGUACCUUCUUCUUCGUUUCAAUGCUAGUAUCUUCUUCUUCUUCUUCUUCUUCUUCGUGUGAGAAUGUAACAGAUUCAAUGUCGGACAAGCUGAGCAACGAUGAGUUCAGAGAGACGCGCCACCCAGUUUACAAAGGCGUCCGCCCGAGAAACGGCGACGGAUGGGCGUGCGAGAUGCGGGAACCUAACAAGAAGUCAAGGAUGCCUGGCACCUUUUCCAUCCAGGAAAUGGACUCUGCCGGCCAAGACAAGGCGGCUCUUUCCCUCCUCGGCCAAAGGGCUAAGCCCAACUUCCCGGACUCUGCCGUCGUCCUCCCUCAAUCCAAGUCGGCUUCCGCCACGACCAGGAGCCGUGGUCCUCCUUCAAUUCGAGCCGCUGAAGCAUUUUCAGGAGAAACAAGCUCGAGGAAGGACUCAUGCCAAGAAAAUGGUAUUGCUAAUGGGGUUGGUUCAUCAUUGCUGGAGUCCAGUGCUAGCUGCUCCGGCAAUGCAGUAUGGGUUGAGCAGCAGGGCGUGGCGGCGGAGUUUUUGGACGAGGAGGCGGUGUUCAAUAUGCCGGGAUUGCUCAACAACAUGGCGGAGGGUUUGCUCCUCCCGCCGCUGGCAAUGGAAAGAGGGUUCGAUUGGGGCCACAUUGACCUCACUUUGUGGAGAGACUGACCCUCGUUCCAUUGGAACACUUUGUUUGGUUGGAUUAGCAUUCUACAGAAUUUUUAGGGCUCAGAUAUCUAUGGUUUUUGUUAUUUUUUUAUUAAUUUCUUGUGAUUUAAAUUUAUUAUUUGAGUCCUUGUAAUCUGUGUUUUUUUUUCUUCUUAAAAAUAGUCUUUUAUAUUAGGUUAAAUUACUAGCAAAAUAAAACAAAAGUU